AGUAUUAUUAUACUCAUUGAAUCAGUGUCGUUUUUUGCCUUGAACGGAGUAGAGUUAUCAUUAAAAAUGUUGUUAAUUUUAAUAAUCAUUGCGGCUGCUAUCGGCUUAUAUAGUUAUGUAAGUUGUUUUAAAUUUUGGAGGAAUAAAGGCGUAAAACAAGCUCCAACAUGGACAUCUAUCAAGGAAAACUUUCAAACAACUAUAAAACGUUUGAGUUUCAUGGAUUUACAUUUAAGAAAUUAUAGGAGGGAUUCUAAAUUAAGUCGAUACAUUGGACUUUAUCAAUUCGGACGACCCACGUUAAUGAUUAGAGACCCAGAAUUGCUCAAACAAAUUGCAGUCAAGGACAGAGAAAAGUUUUUAAAUCGUGAAACAUUAGUACGUCCUGGAAAUGAUCCUUUCUGGGAUUUUAAUCUUUUUGCUUUAUCUGGUGAAAAAUGGCGUAUUAUGCGAUCUACACUCAGUCCGGCUUUUACAAGCAACAAAAUGAAAGCAAUGUUUGUGCUUAUGGACGAAACCGCACGAGAUUUUACUAACUAUUUUGCUAAAGAUGCAGCUAAACAAGGAACAUAUCAAAUGAAAGAUACUUAUAGACGAUUUGCAACAGAUGUCAUUGCCAACUGUGCUUUUGGUCACAAGUGUAACUCGUUGUUUGAAAAAGAUAAUCCCUUCUACAUGCAAGGAAUUGCCAUAUCCAAUUUUAGCAGUUUAUGGAGAAGUAUUAAAGUUGCCCUUACACUAUCUCAUAAAAAGAUAGCCAAAUUUUUGAAUAUAAAAACGUUUGAUCCGAAAGCUAGUGAAUUUUUCUUAAACAUCAUAAGAGGGCAGUUAAAAAUCAGACAAGAAAAAAAUAUUGUCCGUCCGGAUAUGUUACAUCUUUUGAUGGAGGCAAGAAAUGGUCAAUUGAAACAUGAAGAAACCGAACAAACUGCUGGUUUUGCUAUGGUACAAGAAUCUGAGUUUGGAAAAGGAAAACAAGUAAAAAUGGGUUUUACAGAUGUUGAAAUUACUGCACAAGCUAUGUUCUUCUUUGUUGGAGGUUUUGAUACUAUUUCUGGUUCACUAGCAUUCAUUUCCUAUGAAUUGGCGUUACAUCAAGAAAUUCAGCAAAGAUUAAGAGAAGAAAUCGAUGACACGUUAAGAGAAUGCAAUGGACAACUAACUUAUGAUGCUCUUAUGGGCAUGAAGUAUAUGGACAUGGUCAUUACGGAGGCAUUGAGAAAAUGGCCACCUGCACUCUUUACAGAUCGUUUACCAAGUGGUAAAUACGUAAUCAACAAAUCACCUGAUCAUCCUGAUGAGCUAGAUGAACUUGUGAUUGAUGAACAUGCUUCGGUUUUAAUUCCAAUUUAUCCAAUUCAAAAUGAUCCAGAACACUAUCCCCAUCCAGAAAAGUUUGAUCCAGAACGUUUCAAUGAUGAUAACAAGAAGAAUAUUAAACCAUAUACUUAUUUGCCAUUUGGACUUGGUCCAAGGAACUGUAUUGGGUCUAGGUUUGCACUUAUGGAACUUAAGGUUUUGUUUUUCCAUCUUUUGCAUCAGUUUGUACUUGUUCCGAAUGUUAAAACACAGAUUCCGGUACAGAUUAGCAAGGGUUUGUUCAAUUUAGAUUCUACAGAUGGCAUUUGGUUAAAAAUUCAAAAACGAGAAUAACAAAUACGUUAAAUAUAAUCAAAAUUGCAGUUUCUAUUAAUCUAAAAUAAAUAUUACUUUUGAAUUUAAAAAUGAGAUAAAAAUGCAAAAUUUAAUCUUAAAUGUAAAAUGGUUAACUGUAGAUAAUGACGUAAAUAAACUUACUUGUAUCAACAACUCAUAACAA